GGAAGAAAGGUUAAGAUUCGAUCGGGCAAAUUCUCUUUUAUUAUUAUUUUUUAAUUUAUUUUUUUGGGAUUCUGAUUCCUGGAUGUGGCGUUAAUUUCGAUGUAAACAAUUUGCAAACAAAAUCAUACACCCUUUUCAUUAUUUCACCAUUUUAUUCUGAAUCAUACCAUCUUCCCUCCGUAAGGGCCUCUCUUCCUCUUUUGUAGCAUAAAGAGGCCCUCAAGGACCGUGAAAAAGUUAGGGAAGGGAAGAGGAAAUGGAUUUUGAAAGCAACAAUUGGGUUUGGGAAGGCAUGUAUUACUACCCACGCCUUUUUGGUGGGAUCAUGCUGACUGCAGCCUUGCUCGGGUUAUCCACGAGCUAUUUUGGCGGGAUCAGUGUUCCUACUCUACUUUAUCCUUUUGCUGAUCGAAGUAUCUUUCAUAAAAAGAAGCACGGGAAGAAGCGUGUUCGUGUUUAUAUGGAUGGUUGUUUUGACCUUAUGCAUUACGGCCACGCAAAUGCUUUGAGACAAGCAAAAGCGUUGGGAGAUGAACUGGUAGUCGGAGUUGUCAGUGAUGAGGAAAUUAUUGCCACUAAAGGUCCUCCAGUUUUAUGCAUGGAAGAAAGACUUGCUCUUGUUAGUGGCUUGAAGUGGGUGGAUGAAGUGAUUUCGAGUGCUCCUUAUGAAAUUACUGAAGAAUUUAUGAACCGUCUAUUCAAUGAGUAUAACAUUGACUACAUUAUACACGGUGAUGAUCCCUGUCUACUUCCAGACGGAACUGAUGCUUAUGCCUUGGCCAAAAAAGCUGGUCGCUACAAGCAAAUUAAACGAACUGAAGGUGUCUCCAGCACAGACAUUGUAGGGAGGAUUCUCUCUUCCUCAAAAAGUAGAAAUACUCCUCAAGAUUGCUCCAAUUCUUCUCCCACUGGCGAAGCGGAUAGUAUAAAUAAUAAAUGUGGUGAGGAAAAACAAGCAAAGGGCGGUCACAUAUCUCAUUUUUUGCCCACGUCAAGACGGAUUGUGCAAUUUUCAAAUGGGAAGGGGCCUGGGCCUAAUUCUAGAGUGGUAUAUAUUGAUGGUGCAUUUGACCUUUUCCAUGCUGGACACGUUGAGAUUCUCAGAAGGGCAAGGCAACUUGGAGAUUUUCUUUUAGUUGGUAUUUAUCCAGACCAAACUGUCAGUGAACUUCGUGGACAUCAGUAUCCGCUGAUGAAUCUGUAUGAGCGCAGUCUUAGUGUACUUGCAUGCCGUUAUGUUGAUGAGGUCAUCAUUGGUUCUCCUUGGGAAGUAACUCAGGAUAUGAUAACAACUUUCAACAUUUCUUUGGUUGUACACGGGACAGUUUCUGAGAGCAACUCUUCCAUGGAAGGGGGUCAGGAUCCUUAUGCAGUUCCUAAAAGCAUGGGAAUCUUCCAAGUGAUUGAGAGCCCAAAAGAUAUUACUACUACUUCGGUUGCUCAAAGAAUCAUCGCUAAUCAUGAGAUCUAUGUGAAAAGGAAUACCAAGAAAGCAGCAAGCGAGAAAAAAUACUACGCGGAAAGGAAGUAUGUUUCAGGCGAUUAAUAAUUUUCACUUCACCAGCCUGGCCCUUGUGUAGCUGACUUGUAUUAGGCGAAGCUGCUCCCUUUCCGAGGUAGUUCUUCCUGUACUUUUUGUAUUUGAAAGAUAUAUAACAGAGAAGGGGACAAGAUACAAGAAGAAAAUACCCUAGACAGAAGAUCUAGAAAUUUUUUUGGUUCUAUUUUUAAUUUAUUUUUGGUUGUAAUCCUCCUCUUCGGCAUGUUGCCGGAGAUGGUAAAGCUAAUUUCCUAAUCUCGGGAAUCAAAUGAUUGCUGUAAUAGUGAAGAAACUACUGCUCUAUAGUUAAUUUAAGUUCCAUUUUUAAAUUUCAAGCAGUUCCACUGCCUCUGUACAUAAACUAGAUCUUGAUUCUGUUGUUCUUUUUAUCAUAAAAUUUUGAUGAUUAUGACUUUGUAAAGGGUA